UGUCAGUUCAGUCAUCACGGGUGAUGUGUGUGCAGCGAGAAAAAUAUAAUAGAAAUCAUUAAUGAUGGCAGAUCAGCUACUAAUUCACGAUGAUAUUAAGCUAUAUACAACGUCCGAUAAGUUCUACCUGGAGCCCACCAUAAACCCUACAGAGCUACUGGUCAUUGACAGGGUGUCCGGGGAAGCAUCUGUCAAAGCUUACGGCACUGUCAAGAUUCCGAUCCCAGAGAAUGCAUACAAACCUGUCUGCGGGUUCCUUGGCUCCAUCAAGCUCAUAUCCGGAUUAUAUCUGGUGGUUGCCAAGUAUAGGAUACUGAUCGGAAAACUAAAUGGACACGACAUCUACCAGUUGGCCGGCACGGAUAUCAUUCCCUACGCGCGGUCAACCACACAUCUUACUAACAAACAGAUCGAAGACAACAACACAUAUGAACGUAUGGUACGCGCGGCGCUGGACGCGCCUGGAAUCUAUUUCUCAUACGGAUAUGACAUCACACACACAUUGCAGCGGCUACACUCUGUCGCCGCGGACUUCCAUUCGAUGUCAAUGGCGUCCCGCGCUGACAGUCGGUUCCUGUGGAACGGGCAUCUCCUCCGGGACUACUCCCACUUGCAAUUCGCCAGGUUCGCUCUGCCCGUCAUACAAGGCUUCGUGGCUAUAAACAAGGUGACGGUGAACGGGCACAGGCUCACGUGGUCCGUGGUGUCGCGACGCAGCGUGGCCCGCGCGGGCACCAGGCUCUUCAUGCGGGGAGUCGACGCUGAGGGCAACGUAGCGAACUACGUAGAAACUGAGCAAAUAAUCGAGCGAAGCGGCGAAAAGUCCUCCUUCGUCCAAACCCGCGGCUCCAUCCCACUCUUCUGGUCCCAGUACCCUAACAUCAAAUACAAACCAGCUUGCACCCUGGCCCAUGAGGACCAUGUAGCAGCAUACACUAAGCAUGUGAAAGAGCAACAGCAACUGUAUGGAAGCCAAGUUCUCAUUAAUUUGAUCGACCACUGCGGCAAAGAGGAGGCCCUUGAACGCGGUUUCCGCUCCGCCGUCGCCGCGGCCGCGUUGCCUGGCGUCCGCUACGAACCUUUCGACUUCCACACAGAGUGCCGCGGCAUGCGCUACGACCGGCUGAAUGUACUCAUCGACCGGAUAGCGCACGAACAGACGGAGUUCGGGUACUUCAUGUCGCGCGGCGGCAGCGUCCUCUUGCGACAGAGCGGAGUGUUCCGGACCAACUGCGUCGACUGUCUGGAUCGUACUAACGUUGUACAGAGUCUACUAGCCAAGCGGCAGUUGGCGGGGGCGUUGAAACUGCUCGCCGUGACCCCCCCGGACGAUUACCCGGAACUCGAUGUGCUUUUUAACAAUGUGUGGGCAGACCACGCGGACAUGAUAUCCACGCAGUACUCUGGCACAGGGGCCCUGAAGACCGACUUCACCCGCACUGGCAAACGUACUAGACUAGGCCUGCUAAGGGACGGAGUUAAUUCUCUCACGAGAUACUUCAAGAAUAACUUCACUGAUGGGUUCCGACAGGACUCCAUUGACUUGCUGCUGGGCAAGUACGUGGUGCGCGACGGAGAAGGCAACACAGCGCUCUGUCCUCUUCGAAGAAACAGAGACUGGAAGUACAUCACCUUCCCGUCGGUUCUGCUGGUGGCCAUGUCCAUGUUCAUGGCGAGCGUGGCGCUGCCCUCCAAAUACACCAGCGAGGUGUUGUUCAGCCUCAUGUUCUGGGGCGCGUGUAUGGGAGCCACCCUCGCGUAUAUAGUCAAGAACGGCAAGGACUUCGUGGACUGGCCGCGCCUCGACUGCGGCGGUCUGGCGGCGCUCCGCUCGCGGCCGCAGUUAUGAUCCUAGAGCCGCCGUUCUCCGUGCUCAUAGUCUAACACCGCCACCUUGCAGCUAGUUUGACCCCGAGUCCCGGUUACAGCUUGACUUUAUACCCACAAGUUCAGGUCGCGAUAUCGGGCAGAAAAGUCGUCUCCAACGCCCACGAUUGUUCGUGACCUGGCUAUUCUCGCAGGAAAGGUAACUUCGUGGACUGGACGCGCCUCGAUUGCGGCGCUCCGCUCGCGGCCGCAGUUAUGAUGUCUAAGCCGUUCUUCGUGUUGAUAGUGUAUUCACUCCACCAUUAACUUACAGCUAGUUUGACCCCGAGAUUCCCGGUUACAGCUUGUUUGACUUAAUACCCACAAGUCCAGGACGCAGUGUCCCGAAACGCAGUCUCGACGCACGAACAAAUGUAUGGCGGUCGGCCUCAGCAUCGAGCGUGUGUUCUGUGGCCCUCGUGUAAGCCCUACGUUCGAUAACGUGAUUUCAUAUUUGUAUAAGUGUAUAAGUGCUAGGACUCGUGGGUAAAUCGGUAUCUAGAAUUUGUUAGAGUACGCCACCGCCACCAACUUGCUUGUUUGUCUUUAAUCACACAAGUACAGUUACGGACUUUAAUUGUUGAGCCAUUUAGGGUUCAAGCGAAUUUGGUCGUCAAUACUGACGGUAUGAAUGUCCAAUGUAAAGUGAACCCUAAUUGGCUCAAUACAAGUCCUUGAGUUUACCAAAGGACGCGAUAUCGAGUCGUCAGAAACCUUGCCCAAAUCAGCAUCAAGUAGAUCAAAUAAAAUUUGGAACUGGAAGAUUCUUUUAUUCCAUUAAAGUUCUAAAUUCGAUUUGAUUUUGUCCUAGAUAGUUACGGCUAAAGUAGGGAAUGCAAGCCAGUAAAAAAAUGGAUACCAAUUAUUGAUUAACCGGUAAAUUAUUUCUCAAACUACAUAUAUUUGGCCACUUUGACCUUUGCCAUUUGUCGCUGACUACACCACAGCCUCGUACAAAAUGUAUAUGUCAAAAACCAAAAACAACUUAGAGAAACCAAACCAAAAAAGACUUGUAAACCGGUAAACAUAUCGAUUCCGGCCUCGGCCACCGGAGAGCUCGGUAAAUUUUUCUUUAGUAUAUAUAAUUUCUUUAGAAAUUACAGGUAAACCGGUAUUUUUCGUAAGUACUAAAUAUUUACCGGUUACAUUCCCUAGGCCAAAUUAGUCAAAUUGGAAAACAUCCUUUAAGGGUGUGUUUAAGCAACGGUAGAAAAUUGAACACUAAUUAAGCGGUAAAUAACCGAUAUUUCUCAUACUACAUACCUACAUAUUUACCGGUUGUUCUCUAGGUGAGUUACGAUUUAUUUACCCACUUUGACCUUCACUAUUAUUUGUUAUUGACUAUCACAGACGCAAUAACGCAACCAAUUUAAAACUUAAUGUAUAAGUCGAAAACCUGGGACUUAGAGGUUUUUGACAUGUCGAAGAACUGGGGCUGGGACUCUAAAGGGUUAUACCGGUAUCUAGAAUUUGAUAGAGUAGACUUGCAAACCGGUAACUACCUAAUUAUUUUGGUUCAUUGGACAAACUUCGCAUCCUGACUCGGGUGGCAUUUGCUGUAUAUAAACUGUUUCGAUUUAAUUUCUCUACAAAACCGGAUUCAAAAGUUCUUACCGGUUUUCCGUCAAAGACGUGUUGAAAAUUCAUAACUAUAUUGGCACUCUCUUGUCUCUUAUAUCAAUUUAGUAUGGAAGCGCAACGUCUUCUCUGAGUUGAGUCUACGUUUCGGACCUUGUCAUGUAAACUAAAAAUAUGAUUAAAAAUUGAGUAGUAGGAAUUAAAAUGCACUAUUGUUGUAUAGUUUUGAGCACCUCAGCCAUUCCGAUAAAUCUGAUGGUGCCUAUACAUUUAACAGCAGAAGUAACUAAACGAACAAGGCAUUCGAUUCCUGUGUAACUUUCCUUUCCUUUCUGUCUUCGUUGGUGAUACGACCUUUUCGGUCGUGACACCGAGUGUUCCAUAUAAUAAGCAGUCGCUGGCCACUAUGUCGGCCAAACAUCUUGCUUAAAAAAAGUGUGUUCGAAUUUGGUUCGAAUGAGUUUGAUCCACAGAUUAUUAAUGGUUUCAACUUUCAGGAACUGGUCUGUGGUUUAUUUUUCUUUAAUUUUUUGUUGAAUGUCAUUUUUAAACAAUUUCUUAAGCAUUUCCACGGGAUAUCCCGUACAAACGCAUUUUAUUUCGUUUAUUAAAACUAUUUUUCGCCGUUUAAAGCUGAUGAUUAUUUUUCUGAGCAUAUUUUUAGGCAUUUCUCACGGGAAAAGAAACACUUAUGCCUGCAAAUCUUAAGAAAUUCCCGUUCGUAUGGAACAAUAGUAAAAGGUUGUCUGGUAGAGAUCGCUCUUUAGCGAUAAGACCGUCUGUUUUUACCUCUGUCUUUAUUUAAUAUUUGUGGUCCUUCGUAAAUGUUCUUUUGAGGUUGUGCAAUAUAAAGGAUUUGUAUUGUAUUGUAUGGUAGACAUUUUACAAUUUCAUGGAUGCGCCAUGUGCGUAAAGAUUUGCGUGUCUAUUAUUUAUAUAUUUAUAUCGUACUGUUGACGACGUCUGUUUGUAGCUGCGUAUACCGUCUUCAAUCUGGAGAGAAGCACCGUCAUGUCCACUGCAAUGCACCUGGUAUUCCUCACCGAGCGGCACGAUAUAUUCUUUCCUUUCAUUAGUGUAUGAUGUGCUCUUGACGACUUGAUGGAUAUUGCGGGAUUGAGAACCUGCUUUUAAAGCAUUUUUUGUUACUUUUUUAAGGCUCGUUUUGUUUAAACCACGCCUAUAAGAGACGCGCUAAUAGCUGUCGUUUAAGAAAUAAAGGGUUGAAAGCCGCUUUAAAAAGAGGGGCACUCCAGAAAAGCAGCUAAGAAGUUGAUAUUUGGCAUGAUAACGUUUAAUAACUUACCUUUAAUUUCAACGGUAUAUAAUACGGAUUUCUGCAGGUUACCUAUUAAACGAACUGCCAUAUGCUUCACGACCCCGACAAAUAUACCUUUUUUGAAAAAAAAAACGAAAAAUAAGCGUUACUGUAAUGAUUCCAUUAGUAUCGCUUCUGUGAGUUUUUACAUAUAUCAAAAUUCCAAUGUUUUUAACUUGGUUGUUUUCCGGCCUCGCCCACAGGAGGGCUUGGUCACUUUUCUUGAGUAUAUCACACCUAUUUCACUGUAAUAUUUAUAGGUAUAUAGUAGUGUGAAUACUUACUUAAUAAAAUAAUUUAAAUUGUUCCCCAGUAUUGCUUUACUUGAACUAGGGUAAAUAAUAACCCAACUGUGGAUUUUUCUAUCGAUAUUACCUAUCUUAUUUCCGUUUUUGACAGAUAAAUCCUUCUAGUUAAAAACAUAUUUCCGAAAAAUUAUUCACAUCUUUUUUAAGGCAUUAUUUUUCAAUUCGGGCGUUAAUUGUCUCAUUCGUUGUCUACGCUGUUGUAUGUAUAUUUGCCUACGUUUGGCUUUUUAACGUUUACUUGUAUAGUAUACCUAUAACCAAUCGUUUCUAUUUAUGACGGAUUUGUCCUUGAAGUCAAAAUUAAAAACGAAAAUAAUUUCAGUUAUUUUCCUUUCAAGCCAUGAAGUUCGAGCUUUAUCUGUACUGCUAGUUUCACUGUCCACUCAGAUGUAACUAUACGAGGUUUGGUUUGUUAAUAUUUACCUGCGCAGUGGUUGUAUUGAUUACGAUAGUUUGUAGAGAUUGUCCGUUUACAUUAACUGUGAAUUUUAAUUCCUUCUUAAAUUGAGAAAGUUGUCCUAUUUACCAAUCGUUUCGAUUUUUGACGGAUAUAUCCAUCUAGUCAAAAAUAUAUACGAAAAUAAUUUCAGUUAUUUUCCUAUCAAGACACGAAAUCGUUAGAGCUUAAUCUGUACAGCUAGUUUCACUAGUCACUCAGCUGUUAUAAUAAUUAUACUUGAAAAACAUAUUUCCGAAAAUUCUGUUCUUUUACCCGUGAAGAAACAUUAUUUCUUUAAAAGAAACACUUUUUUAAAAUGCAUUGUGCAUUAAACAGACUUCGCCGCCAGUUUCACUGUCCACUCAGAUGUCUCUAUAUUCGCCUAGGUUUGGUUUAUUAGCAGUAACCUGGACUGUGGUAGUAUUGAUUACGAUAGUUUGUAGAUAUUGGCUGUUUACUAUAACCGCGAUUCUUAAGUUGUCAUUUUCACCAACCAUUUUUCGGUUUUUGACAGAUAUAUCCUUCUAGUCAGAAAUAUAUGUAAAAACCAUUUCACUUCUGCCCUGUAUGCGCACUUUAACAGACACAGAACGUUUACGUCUAGUUUCAAUGUCCAGUUGGCUGUAUGUUUGGCCUGCUAACGCUUACUUGGAUAAUAUUUAUGAGUAUAUAUCUAUAUUCGUGAACAUAUAUCCGAAGACCAAUCUUGUUUCCUGUUUUUUACCCGUGAAGUUUUCAAUUCACAUUGACAAUAAGUAUUUGCAAUCGGGUUUUCUCCACGCAGAUCUCUGUAUAUAUUUAUAUUUGGUUUAUUUGCAUUUAAUCGGACGGUGGUCAUAUUAACUGCGAUAAUUUCAAUAAUUUGUAGAUAUUUACUUUAAACAUGGAUUGUGUUCAUAUCAUUCUGAAUACGUCGCCCGCUUAGUUACUUCUGCUGUUAACUGUAGUCGGUAAAGUUUAAGCAGUUAUCAUUUUAUGUCAAUAUUAUCCUCAUCUCCUAAGGUCCAGAAAAAAAUCCAAAUUUAGACCUAUAAACGUAGGAAAUAGAGUUUAACUUUUUUUUAAUACUGUUAAUUAUUUGAAUUUCAACGUUCAUCAAUUUUAAUAAGCACUAUAGGUAGGAUCGUGCCUUUCGAGGUUGACGCCUCUUUAAUUGCUAUGUGGCAUAUAUUUGUGAAUUUCGAAUCUCCCAAACGACUCCAAUGCAUCUUUUGACAUAUGCUGGUAAUUACCAUAAAGUACAGUCAAUAGUAAUAACCAAAGAAUAAUAUCUUCAAAAUAUCAUGAACCUUCGAACGAUAUAACCGCGCGUUUCAAUAUCAAUAUUCUCACCGCGAUAAUUACCAGCCUAGGGGAACACUGUGUAACUUUGAUCAAAUGUUUCCUGAGAGCGCUGAAACCGGUUUAAAGUGUACCGGUUUCUUUGAUCACCAGAGGUGGCGGACGGCGGAUUAAAUAAGAAAUUCAUAACCGGUCUCGGAUGAUAUUAAUCGUUUCUAACCUUUCUUAACCGGUUAUUUGAAACGCAUUUGGAACAAAAACGAAAUGAAAUGUGUAUCUCCAUCAGAGAAGGGUCCUUGCACAUGAAGCAUAAGGUCCCUUCUUUGAUGGAAGCCACAAAUGGUUUUGAAAUAUGUAAUAACGGUUUGUAAAUGUAACCGGUAUUCGAGUCUUGACUCUGCUGUACAACAGUUAGCAUGAAAUACUCAUAGACAGUGACGGGCCAAGCAGCCAAAUAUACCUAUCGACACCAUAUAUGUGGUAUAUUUUAUUUGCCCGUUACUAUAUGUGACAAUCCAAAUCGAAAGGGACCUUAUGGCGGUCAGCGCGUACGCUAUUAUUAGCGGCGCGUCAAUACUAAUGCGGUACUACGCGAAGUAAGCGCCGACCGCCAUAAGGUCCCUCUUGAUAUGAAUUGACACAUAUUUGAUGCUAACUGUACCAUUUUCAAAUUACAUAAAAAAAUUGUUAUUACAAAAAAUGCCUAACGAUGCAUUUAUGGUCUUCCUGUGUGAAGUUCACUAUUGUCCAUUGAAAUUUGCAUUUCCUUAAAAUAUUUUAACACGUAUUAUUAUUUUCAUGAAAUUGUGUAUGAUGGAAAAAUAGUUAAAUACUACGAAAUAUUGUUGAAAAUAUGUUUUGCAUUAAUUUACGUGUCUUAAGUUUCUUACUAGGUAUGUGGUUAUCAUCAAAUACUGUUUUUAUCAGAAUGAACUAUAGUUCCAUUUAAGGAAAAAAAAUAUGUCCAAACUGUGUAUACAAUUGCAAACAUUCAACUUGUACAAAUUUACGAAAUUGUCAUUCAAAUUAUUUUAUGUACCUAUGUACCUAUACCAAUCGCCAAUAGAUUUCGUCAAGACUCUAAGAAACUAGUUAAUUGUACAUUUAUGCACGAAUUGGAUUUAUAUCGAAGACAAAAUAAAAUAUUUGCUACGAAUUUUAUAGCUUGGUUUGUGGUGACUGGAUUGUUACCGCAUGAUGUACUGAGCCGUAUAGAUCGUGUCAUUCACGAAGACGCGUGCCUUGACUUGUAUUAAAGGUUAGAUUUGAUAAAUCUACGCGUCAUCGUGGAUGACACGAACUCUCCCGUACCAUCUGCACCAACUGCUAUUUAUUUCUGAGUAUUUACACUUCUUCUACUUUUAAUGACUCACACUAAGUUUUAUAAAGUUGUGGUUUGCAGUUUCGGCUUAAUAUGUUGGCAAUAACUCAACUAAUGCCCAAAAUACAAUAUACGUAAUCCAAAUCCAAUUUUCCUUCUCGUACAAAAGCGACCUUAUGCGUUUAAAACGGUUUUAAAUCAAUUGUCACUUCAUUUUGCCUUUUAUACAAUCAUUCCCAUUAUAUCGCACUUAUAUAAUUAAUUUUAUAGUUGAAUCAACUUUGUCACUAGAAAGUGCAGUCAGUGAAGCUAUCAGCUUUGCUAACUGUACGUGAGUGAACCAUUCCUGCCUCUUUUUAAGAUAGUAUAGAUAGUUUCUCUUUGUUAAGGUUAAAUUUGCAAUGUAGUAAUGCCCAUUUCCCUACGUUUUUUAUGAGUAUCAUUCUGAGAAACCUUAUUUAUUUUAAACACGUCAAAUUUCUGAUGCUUAAAAAACGAACUAUAGAAUUUUACAGCUAAAUUCUGUUUUAUGUCUUGUAUGCUAAAAUGGCAUUUGAUUUGCACUAAAUAACAGAUCUAUUUAUUGGACAAACUGAGGCAGUUGAACUGUCUUUUUAUUAUCUAGCAAUUAUAGUCUGUCAACCAUUUCCGUCAGUAGAAAAGUGACAAAAAAUGUAGGCGCGAAGGGUUAGGUUAGAUAAUAGAAAAUUUGAAUUUCGCGCCUUUUUUUACUGAGAAAGUUGUUUGACCGACUAUACUAUAGCAUUCAAAAACAAGGUUUUAACCACGUUUUCGCUAUUUUCAUACGUGAAUCUAUAUAUAUUUGGUAAUUUAGUGAACGUGCAUUAUCGAGAAUUGUAUUGCUAGUAGGUAAAGUGUUUAAUUUGGUGUUUAUUAGAAUAAUUGUUGGGAUCAAAGAUGUACGUGGUGUACGGGUGGCUGACGGAAUGGAGACGGCGUUUUGUUGUUAACACUUUUGCGGAUGAUAUUGCUGAAAAGAGAGGUGGUUUGCUAAAGAGCUUUCACACACGCCAUUUAGAAAUAGUUUUAUUACUUUAGGCGAAUAGGGACCGUGCGUGUUGGAGGGUCUACCCUCUCGUAUAUUGACACUUAACGCCAAAGUAAGUGCUGCCCUCUACAGUUCACGUACGUUGUCUUAUGCAUUGUAGGUUCUGCCAUCUUGUGGGCUGCAUUGGAAGCUUAAACUUGACAUUUACACUUCUCGGCAAUAAAUAGGGGGCUCCUGUGGUGCCCCCUCCGUUCAUGCACGUUUCCUAUACAGCUCGCUCACGUGACUAUCUCUCUUAUUAAAAUGAUUCAAAUUAGACGAGGCGCGUUCUAAUUUUAAAUAGAUAAUGUAGCAGCGUCUACUCGUCAAACCAAAUAGACUUUUUAUUUAUUAUUAUACUGAUUUCGAAAAUCGUUUUAUUAUAAAAUAUUGAUUAUCUCCGAAAUGGAGUUAAUUAGAAUACCGGUGUCUUUGUGAAAGUUACUUAAUUUAAGCUCAGGAAUGCACCCUUGAAAUUAACGCAAAUCAAAAAAACACGGUGUAUAUUAUGAUCUCUGGUACAUAUAUUCAAUCUUUUAGAUGAAAAGAACACCUUGGAGUGGUCGGUAGUCGUACCCACAGCGCCAACGCCUAUAUUUGGUAUACGGAGUUAAAGUAACCUUAACACUUUAUCAUAAAGUCUAUAUUGGCUUGCUUCUGCCUGUUUUUGGCGUGUGAGUGACAUUUUUUGUAAAUGUCGUAUGGCGUUGAAAGGGUUAAGAAUUUUCUGCCUGAAGUUCGAGUGAAGAAAAUGGUAGUAAUUUAUCAAUUUAGACAUUUACAAACAAAGCACCCAAUUAACUUUUUUUGUAAUUAUUCCUUUGAUUUUUUUUCAGCAAUCUCAUACGCAAAGGUGUUUUGUAAUUAUUAUUAAACAUUUUUUUUCACGAACUUGUAUUAUUUAACUUAAAGUAGUUUUGUAAUUCUAAGAUGUCUAAUUUUAUGGAAAGAAUAUAAAUAUAUAAUUAAAGUGUUUGAACCUUA